CUGCAGCGGUGGUGACACACGUACACAUCGCUGUGGGGACAGUUUCCAGCCGGAGAAGGCACCGGGAAGGAGAGCUGGCUGCAUAGGACGCCAGCCAGGGUUUAAAGAGUUUUUCUACAUAGAAUGGGAUUGGGGACCGGACGUAGAGGAAUGAAGUCCCCACCUCUUCUCAUCGCUGUGCUCCUAGCCUGUGUUUUCGUUCUCGGAAUAAAUUACUGGAUUACAAGCUCAAGAUGUGUGGAGCUCCAGAAUCGCGUGAUGGAACUGGAGGGCAGAAUGCGACGAGCAGCAGCAGAACGAGGAGCAGUAGAAAUAAAAAAGAAUGAGUAUGAAGACAUGUUGGGGAAACAGAAAAAACAGAUUGACACCAUUCAGUCUUUGCACAGUUCUCAGAUGCAGACUGUGCAUUCCCAAUGUAACAGUGAGAAGUACAGUUUGUUCAAGUGUAGAAUCAUAUUUCAACCCUUAGAAAGCUUAUUGAACAACCUGACCAAUAAGGACAACAUCAUACAGUCGCUACAAAGUCUCAGUCUGGAAGAGUCUAAGGUGGAAUUAGAGGAACUAGAGGAAAGUCAGACCAAAAAAUUAUCUUAUGAACUAGCACAGUGCAGCAGUAAGAUAUCAGAAGUAAAAGAGCAAUGUGAAGAGCGGCUUCGACAUGCAGGUGUGAAAGGGGCAAAUGUAGUGAAUGAAGAAAACGUGGAAAAAACUAUAUCCGGGGCUGAAAAACCAAAGCCAACCACAAAACAAGAGAUUAUCGAGCAAAAAGAGGAGGAAGAAGUGAAAUCUAAAGACAAUCUAGAAGUUGAAAUUGUUCCACCUUCCAAGGAAGACGAGAACGCGGCUAUUCCUCCUCCAGCAAAUCAGGUCUGUGGGCUUUCAUUCAGAGGUGCAGUUACUCUCCACAACCCAAAAACCGAAACCGUGGAAGAAAUUGUGGAACGGAUUGUGAGGGAAAAGAAGUCUAAGCAAGAGGAUAAAAACGCAGAUAAUGUACAGAAGCCAGAAAAUGAAAAUGACCCUGACAAUAUAAUUGCAGAAGAGGAUAAAGAGGGUGAUGACCAAGAAACCAAUAAAGAGAAUGAAGUGGAGAGAGAACAUCUAGUAAACCUAGAUGGUCAGCAGGAAGAUGAUAAAGGCCAAAAACAAAAUGAACAGGAACAAAAUGCCGGGAACCCGAAUGACUACAAUGGGGAUGAAGCAAAUGUAGCAGAACCUGAGGCAGAAAAACAGGCUCAGCUGAAUGACAACAGUCAGAACUUGAAAGUUGAUAACCCCCUAGUUGGACUGAACAAGCAGGCGGCUGGUCAAGAAGCAGAGGACAGCGAUAAUCCAACUUUAAAAUAACAGCUCUCCCCAUCACAUUGACUUUUUGAAAUACAUUUUUCAAAGUUCUUU